AUGACUUUUAAACUUCACACCCAAUCUCGACUCCUUGACCUGCACUGCUCCGUAGGUCUGACAGACUGGGACAUGGACCAGGAGCUCAAACUGGCAACAACUACUGAUCAAUUUUGCCAUGAUGAUGAACUUGAUGAUCAAUAUGUGACGCAGAGGACUUUGGCCUCCCAAAGAAAAGAUGACUUCAUUUGGUAUGAUGAAACAUCUGACACCUUUGUGAAGCCAAACCCGUGGCUCCUAGUCAAUCCUAACAUUGCCUGUCCGAUCGUCUACGGAGAACCUGCUGCAGGUCGACUGAAUCACCAAGAUAGUUCCGAGGAACCCCAAAUUCCACUGACGUGUUCGCCAGUCGGAGAACAGCAAACGUCAUCUCCUCAGGAUGCCGUCUCCUCAUGUCAGACAGCACAACGCAAACGCAAGGGGAGAACCCCAAAAGUUUGGGACGAUAAAUCCUUGAAGCCAGGAUGUUGGCCUCGGCCACCAGUGAAUUAUUACAUCCUCAUUGCUCUGGCACUUAAAAGCAGCCACAAUGGGAGCCUCAAAGUUCAACAGAUUUACAACUUCACCAGAGAACACUUUCCUUUUUUUCAGACCGCUCCUGAUGGCUGGAAAAACACAAUUCGCCACAACCUGUGCUUCAACAGCAGCUUCCGAAAAACCUGCAACCAGAUGUGCAGGGAUGGUAAAAGGAAGUCCUGCUUUUGGUACCUGACUCUAGAAGGCCAACGCCGACUGGAGAAUGAGCUCCGCAUGCUGCCGGCAGAAUCUUUAAAGCAGUUGGAGAGAAGCAUGUCCCAUCCAGAUAUAAUUGCAAAAGUUCUUGGAAUGUGAUUGCAGUUAUUAACGAUAUAAACAAAUAAAUGGAUGCAAAAAUGCAUGUUCCCUUUUAUGAUAUAUGUAUAUUGUUUGGCAUUUUGAGGCUUAUAUUGAUUUAAAUACACAUACUGUCUUUCCAAGGCAAGGCAAGUUUAUUUGUAUUGUAUAGCGUUGAUUGUUGGAUGUUCUUGCAUAAUCAAGAGUGUGUUGACUGCCACUGGAGUCGAUUAGGCAUUUUAGUUUUCACCAUUUUGCUGCAAAUUGCACAUGUCUAGCCACAACGCAUUCAUUUGGGUUGGGAGCAGAAUUUUGUUUUAUUUCGACUAGUAAAUUCUCACCAUUCAUCAUUUCAUUUUAUGCAGUUAUCACAUGACUUGCAGAAAUGGGCAACGAGAUGUAGCAAAUGUGCUUAUCUAGUCCUGCCCUAAUUUCAUCCAAGAAUUUACAUCACCAAACUCCAUAAUUACACUUUUGUUAGUUUUUCUACCACAAAACCAAAAGUGACAUCCUAAGUUGUACUGUAUAGUUAAGUUGUGUGGUUCCUUUUUUUUUUUUUUGUCUUAGUGUCCAAAUGAUCAGGAUUCUUGAGUUUAUAAGAGUCUUUAUAAUCCAAAUGUCAGAUAUUGCGAUGAAGUCUUUUUAUCUAGGGCAAUGGCCCUGCUUGGAAUGUUAGUCGUAAGUCAUAAAAACUCACAGUGCGUUUCAUCAUGUUAACAUGUCAUGUUGACGCUGGUAUUGUUUCACUAAUGAUGGAUUAUGGACAGCUUUCCUUCCAAAUUGAUGCGGCUGUUGAACUGAUUUUCAAGUAGUGUCCACACUCGUGCAUUUCAUUACAGUAGUAAUGGCAGUCCGGAUCAAUAUCUUCGUUAAUCUUGGAUGGUGAGUUAUUUCCAAGUUUAUGUUGUCUUAACGUGCAGCCAAAUCCAUCAGUUCUUGCAAUUUACUUCGUGACAAUUUGAUUGUAGCAUGAGCUAGCCUCAUGGAUUUUUUUCAUCGGGCUUGACACACCUCAAUUUGUGAAUUUAUCCAACUCCUCCAGCACGCUGAUCUGGACCGGUCUGGUAUUCUCUGAGGAUGAGCCGUUUGGUUUUAUGAUUUUGCAGUUGGAUGUCCAAGUCCCUUGUAUCUUCCCUACUUUCUACAGUUGAUGAGCUUACCAAGCAAUGAAUGCAUUUUGUUUGCUGUGAUUUAUGUUGAUACAAAC